GAAUCAUCUACAGGCUGCAGGUCACAUCUGUGUUCUUAAAGAUGCUUUCAUGUAUGGAAGUGCAGCUGAAAUAGCAAACCUGACCUCCUCAGACAAGUUUGAUGCAGCCCUGGCCAUUCACCUCUAUAAAGGAGGCAGACUGCUGCAAGGGAGCAGAAUUCCCUUUGGGAUCAUCUUUGGUGGGACAGAUGUCAAUGAAGACGUGAAAUGCAAAGAGAAGCGCCAGGUGAUGGGAGCAGUGCUGGAGAGAGCCAGGUUUGCGGUGGCUUUCACGGUGGAAAUGAAGGAGCUGGCAGCAGCAGAGUGGCCAGAUGCUCGGAAGAAGAUUUAUGUCCAAAGCCAAGGAAUCAAGGCUACACCCAGUGAAACAUUUGAUUGGUACCAAUUUCUACAAAAUGCAGGCAUCCCUGCAGACUCGGGCCCUGUGCAUCUGUUCCUGCUGGUGUGUGGGCUGCGCAGAGUGAAGGACCCUCUGUACCUGGUGGAAGCUUUCUCAGAGUGGCACAGAAAGGAUCCCAGUGUCCAUCUGGGCAUAAUUGGACCUGCAGUUGAUCCACUGUUUACCAGUGAAGUUGAGGAGAGAGUUAAAAGGGCCCCCGGGGUGCGCGUGCUGCAGGAGCUGCCCCAGCCCGAGCUGCACGCUGCCCUGCGCUGCUGCCUGGCCCUGGUGAACAGCUCCAGCUCCGAGGGCAUGUCUGCUGCCAUCCUGGAGGCAAUGGAUUUAGAAGUUCCAGUGCUGGCCAGGAACAUUCCCGGGAAUGCAGCAAUAAUAAAGCACAAGGAAACGGGGCUGCUGUUUUCCACUCCCCAGGAGUUUGUUACGCUGUCCAAGAGUUUAAUGAGUGACCCCACUCUGGAAAAGGAAAUUGUGACCAGGGCCAAAGAGUACGUGGAGCAGCAUCACUCCUGGGAAGGGGAGAGGAAAACCUACCAGAGCCUUGUGCAGAGACUGCAGUGACCUGGCAGGGCCACAGCAGCCCAGCUCCCCUGAGCCUGCAUUCUGCCCCUGGCACAGGGCAGGAGCUUGGCCCCAGGUGCCAGAGCCGUGCCAGAGCUGCUUGGUUACAUAAACUACCUCUUGCUUUGCCAGUUCCUUUGGUACCUCUGUGAUUUGCUUAUUUAUUGAAAGAUUUAUGAGACCUGUACAAAGGGAUGGGCUUGGAGGUAUUUGCUGUGUGUUUUGGCACUGUUUGUUCUUAUUUGUGGCUUUUCAGGAUGCAUUUAUUCCAAUACAAUGCAGCAGCCUUGUCUGAAAGUGAGACUGAGCUCUGCCCAAAGCCCACACUGCUCAUCCCUGCCAGCCCAGGGACCAUGGACACACCUCUGAGUCUGUAAUUGUUCAUCAAAGGACUUGCAGCUAGAGGAAAAAACCCAAAAAACCAGCAACAACAACAAACAAACAAAAAAGAGGGGCAUAUUUGUAAUUUCUGGUUCUUGGGAACCUGUUUGCUUUGUAGGUCUUGAGCCUGCCCCAAGGAGAGCCUGUGAAAUGCUUUCUGUUGAUCCAGUGGCUGUUGUGUCAGACUUUCCUCUGUAAUAAUGAAGUUCACAGUGUGUUUUAAGCUUUCCUCUCUAUUUUUGAUGUUUUGCAAGGUUCUGGUACAGUAAACAAGAAAGCAGUUUGA